GCUCGCGUGCUUCGCCUUUGUCCGCGCUUCACCAUCACAACAUCAUCACAUCAUCCCCACCACCGUGUCCCAAACACUGCAGAGUUGAUCCUGGGUUGACUCGGAACGUUCCCUCUGCUUCCCAUCCAUCAGGCGAAUCUGCAAGAGCUCUCCCGCCGGUGCUCAGCUACUUGACUCCCGACAUCCCCUCAUCAGCUCCAAUUUUCACGCAUUCGUCUCACCUCUCGACACUUCCGAACAACCAAUCCAUCAUGACGCGCUCUCACAAGUACACGGACCGUGACCAUGCUGGCCUUGCUGACGGCUCCGCCGCUGCUGAGGAGCACCUUCCUCGAUACUUUGCCAAGUCAGGCAAUGCCGGCGAAGACCCCAACAAGACCAAGAAGAACGGUGGUGGAAAAGGCAAUUGGGGUCAAGCCGGUGAUGAGGUCGAGGACAUGGGCUACAACAUAGCCAACGCUCGUCGUCGAAGCAACUCUAGCACGAACCCCACCCGGGACUUCAAGACUAAGUUCGAGACCAUUGAGCCUGAGCCUGUCUUCGAGGAGGAGCUCCAUGGACCCAUGGGCGCUGAGCUUGACAAAGAGAGCACCACAUCGAGCUCCAACACCGUCGACGAAGAGGACGCCUCCAAGAAGUUCUAAGUCAGUGCUCGGAAGAGACGGCUGGGGACGGGAGUGGAAGCGCAAGGCUUUGGACGCGGCAUGAGCACUGCUUACUGCGAGUCGACUGGCAUGUUCACUCGUUGGAAGUCGGCAACGCUCAUGUUUGACGGGUGAUGGUCUUCACGGGAGAUUGCUGAUUGCCUGGCGAACAGUUACAGCAUUAUGUACUAUGCUUUCUACAUGGGCAUGCUGGUGGUACAGCGCCUAUGGGUUUAUGAUCGGCAUCUUCUCGUCUGUCUUUAUAGUUUUCCUCGGUCCGGCCCGCGUGUAUCACGAAGUAUUCUAAAUGGCAAAUGUAAAAUAACUCAAUGGAUGUACAAUAUCCACCAGAAG